AUGCCACUUCCUAUUAGAAACAGACGUCUCAGAGCAAGAGAUGAUGAUGAUGACGAUACAACAGUCUACUUAACUUUAACUUCAACUACAACUCUACCACCUAGCGAAACCUCCAAAUCAGAUGAAAACUUGAGCAUAUCUUGGUUGGAACAAACUCUUACUACAAGCAUAGUUACAAGAGUCCCGAUCACAUUCACUACAUCAACAACAGCAACCCCAACCCCAUCAACCUCCCAAAACACAAACACAAACCCAAUCGCCACCAAUACUGCAGAAAACUCAAAUACAGAAACCGGAAAUACAGAAAUAUACACCCAACAAACCUCAUCCAAAAGCUCAGUCAACGCCGGUCUUGCAAUCGGUAUCCCCGUUGCAUUAUUCUCAGCAUUCUUCCUCGGUCUUGCAGUAUGGUAUAUUAUCCGACUCAGAAAUCUCAAGAAAAAGAACAAUUCCGACAAUGAAUCAGACUACAGCCACAGCGGAAAUGAUGACUCUACUCUCAUCGAUACAAAAGGAGGACCCACAUUUCCGUACAAUUCUAAUCAGGAUGAAAAUCUCACAAUCAAACCGGGGGCAGAAAGACAGAUAAAACCCGAUUCUAUAAAGUAUAAGCUUAGAGAUCGUUUGAGUAAGACUGGAUUAUUUGGAGAUUAUUAUGCAAAUAAUAAUUCUCCAUUUAAUGAUCCUCCAGAACCGAAAUCGCCAAUCAUGCAACGAAUUUCUGAGGGUACUCCUGUAUUUCUUAAGACAUUCAGAUUGAAUAAUAAGGAUGACGCCAAUUCUCCUCAGGAUCUGAUGGCUGGAAUUGCUGGGUUUACGAGACAUGAGAAAAUAAAACCACAAACUUUGUCUAUUCCUGAUAGACGUCAAAAUAAUAAUAAUUUUAAACUUUUGCCAAAGUUUCAAGUCCACCUGAAUGAUGAUGAAGAUGAUGAUAUUGAACCUGAAUUGGAUGUAAUCCCCAAAAAAGUAUCAAAAGAUAUCCAUAUUGUUAUCCGACCAUAUCUCAAGAAUCUCGACGAUGAAUUAACAAUAAGCGUAGGUGAUAAAGUAGAACUAUUGAAAAAGCACGCUGAUAGUUGGUGUACUGUUAAAGUAAUCCGGACGGCUCACAUGAAUCCAUAUAGACCAAAUGAGAUUGGCCUAGUACCAAAAAUGUGUUUACAAAGGUUAUCUUAG